AUCUUAAUUAAGGGAACAACACACUCUCUCUCGUGGCUAGAAGACGAGGCAUCCACGGAGUACGUAAGCUCGGCGAAGGCCACACGCUUCCCUGUCCAUGUCGAACGUCUAUCUCCGACGGUGGUUUCUGUGGGACUCGACGGGCGUGGUAAAUAUUUUUAGAUCAACUCUGUCAGCGCUGACGAGGAGAGAGAAGUGCGAAGAACAGAAAGCUCAAAGACGGUAAUCCUUCGUCUGGCCAUGCUCGUGAAUGUGUGGGUUGUGGCUCAAUGGCAGUGAUGGAAUGGCAGGCAGGAGAAAAGGGAGAGAAGCUGGACAUGGAAGGGAAGCCGGAUGGAGGAGAUGAGAAGAAAGAAGUCGCGGCGGUGGUCGAUUCAUCGCGGAGCGAGACGUGGGUCUCCCGGCUGCAGACCCAGCAUCCGGUUGCCCCCAUCCAGGUCGUGCUCCAUGGCGCCGCCACUCCGCCGGCCGCCGUCGCCGCCGCCUACCAACCCACCCCAACCCCAACCCCACAGGUCGGAUUGGCGUCGCUCAACUCCAGAGAGUACACUAACAGAGUAUCCCUCCUUCUCUUCGUCCUCCACCUGCUGGUCGCGGCCGCCGCCGUGUGCUUCUUCUGGUUCAAGGGCAUCCAAGGACUCCUAGAUUCCGACUCGGGGAAGGCUCGGAACGGGCGACAGGUGCUCAAGUUCUGGCUCCCGCCCAUCGAGGGUGCCUCCGUCCUCAGCAUCGGCCUCGCCUUCGCAUGGCAGAAGGCCGUGCGCUCAUGGCCCUCCGUCAUGGUCCCCUUCAUCCUCUGGGCCUGCUUCCUCGCCACCAUGGCCGCUGGCAUACUCCUCCUCUGCUUCUCCCUCCCGGCGACGGACGGGCUCGGCGUCGCCUUCAUGACCUUCUCGAUCGGUGCCGGUCUCUACGCGUGCUGGGUCACCCGCCGCAUCGCCUUCACCGGGAAGGUCUUCGCCCAGGCCCUCAGGCCGGUGACCAAGUUCCAGGACGUCAAUGGUCCGGCCUACCUCAUGUUGGGCGUAGGCUUCCUGUGGAUCUCGGCUUGGUGCUUCGCGGUCAUCGGAGCGCUCAACUUCUACUAUCCCACCUUGACCAUCCUCGCAUUGGUGCUGAGCCUCGCAUGGACGGCCGAGGUGAUGCGCAAUGUGGCCAACCUGACGGUGAGCCGAGUGAUCGCGCUUUACUACCUCAGGGGGAUGCAGUCCAGCACCCAGUUCAGCUUCCAGCGGGCCACGACCAUAAACCUCGGUAGCGCCUGCCUAGGUUCGCUCUUCGUGCCCACCAUCGAGGCGCUCCGCAUCAUGGCGCGCGGCCUCAACUUGUUGGAGGGCGAGGACGAGUUCUUGUUCUCGUGCGCGCACUGCUGUCUCCGAGUCAUGGAGUCCAUCUUCCGCUACGGCAACAGCUGGGCGUUCGUCCAUAUAGCGGCAUACGGGAGGGGGUUCGUGGAGGCGUCGCAGAGCACAUGGGGGCUGUUCGAGAAGCAGAGGAUGGAGGCGGUGGUGGACUCGGACAUCACCAGCGCCGUGUGCUUCCUGACGGGGGUCACCAGCGGGGCUCUCUCCCUCAUCUUCGCUGCUUCCUGGACCUUUUCCUCCCACAAGCACUACACCGCCACCGUGUCGCUGCUCGCCUUCUUCGUCGGCUACCUCAUGGUCUUUCUCUCCCUCCCUCCCUGCUUUCUCCGACUUGGUUCAUUCCACGGUGACGCUUCAUUCCUUCUCGCCCAGCAGACGAGGAUCGGCAUGGCCCUGCCGCACGGAUGCGUCGCCUGCUACUACGUCUGCUACGCCGAGAACCCGGGAUCGAGGCUGUUCGACUCCACCAUCCCUGACCGGCUCAACCAGAUCGGAUCCGGUCGCGAAGGCUUCGUGCCGACGCCUCGGUUCCCCCGGCCCAACUUUAGAACCUGAGGACCGAAACCCCUCUCUCUCUCUCUCUCUCUCUCUCUCUACCUUACUUCCGACUCCACCAUUGCCGUCCCGUCUCGUCUCCUGCCGGUGGCCGCCGUCACUCGCAGUUACUCCAACCGCCGUGCGCUCUCGGCGGGGCCCAAAAGAAGGUUGGUCGGUGGUCGUCACGGUUACCUCAACCGCACUCCUCGAUGGCCGUUGAAGUUACUAACGGCGUACCACAUCUGAGUUAUCUCGUGCCCUACGUGGGCCCCACGGUGAGAAUGACGUGUUGUGGGUCCACGGGUCAGGUUUGAGAGAGAGUGAAUGCGACCGGUGGAGGUGGUAAAGAGUUAUAGCUCAUAAUGACGGUGAAUGGUUGUACCGAUGAUGUUGGUGAUCACAAUAAUGAUGGCAGCGACAUGUCUGGUGGCAUUGAUUGGGGAUGCGUGUCGUACUGCGCUGUGCCUCCACCCCCGGUCACCGGGAAUAUUAUUAGAAGAUGCAUAUGCGCGUCGCAUGUCA